AUGAAGCUCGGAAGCAUCAUUGCAGUUCUGCUAAUGCUGGUACUCGUCUCCGGUGAGGUUUCGACUAAAUCUUCACAGGCUCCGGCACCAGAACUACCCCUCGAAGCUGCAGAUUCGCCUCCAAUCCCCGCGCCUAUGCAGGAAGUUGGAUCUCCUCUAGCCGAGUAUCCCAAUGAAUACUCCUCUCCUCCAGAAGUUGGAUCUCCUCUAGCCGAGUAUCCGAAUGAAUACUCCUCUCCUCCGGAAGUUGGAUCUCCUCUAGCAGAGUAUCCGAAUAAAUACUAUUAUCCUCCAUCAGAUUCAACUCCAUCGCCGGAAGCUGGGGAUUCAAACUACAUCGACAUUACUGGAGUCGAAGAGAAAAAAACCCUGGGACGCAAAGGAUAUUGGGCUUAUUAG